AUGACUGUCUUGUUACGGCGGUUGGCGAUCCGUCGGGUUGUGUCGGCUCAUCAACGGUGUUUCUCGACCGCUGGGAAGAAGGACCCGUACAAUGUAAUGGGGUUGUCACCCGCUGCAUCGCAGAAAGAGAUUAAGGAGAAGUUUCGAGAGCUUGCGAAAAAGUAUCAUCCAGAUCGGAAUCCUAACGAUCCAGAAGCUCAGGGUCGAAUGGCGACUUUGACGGACGCCUAUGCGAUCCUGACAGACCCUAAGAAAAGGUCGAUUUUGGAUCGAGAGCAGCGUGAGAUGAGGAAUGGUAGUAGCACGUUUCUCUCGGUGCCGUAUCUUAUAAUCGCGGGCAGAAAUGUGCGUCAGGUCUUCGGUCGUCAAGCGAAGUAUCGGCAAGCCGGGCAGGUUUCUCAGCGGGGAGAUGAUAUUACCACGGAAAUCGAAGUUUCCUUCAUGGAAGCGAUGCGUGGUAGCACAAGGACAGUAGCACUAUCGUGCCGGCAGGGCUGUGAUACCUGCAAUGGUAGUGGAGCGGCUCCAGGCACUGGCUGGACGAUGUGCCGGCAAUGCAAGGGCACGGGGACGGUGAGAGUCGAAAGAGGGAUCAUGACUAUGGGUAUGCCAUGCAAUACGUGCUCGGGAUCAGGACAAACCUUAGACCAUCCCUGCCGGAGUUGUAGAGGGGAAGGCGCUAUGGUGCGUCGGAAGGAUGUCCUAGUCUCGGUGCCUGCGGGUGCACGCCAGUUCACGGAGUUGAGACUGCCUGGAUUGGGUCACUGCGGUUUGCGGGGAGGAAGGAACGGGGACUUGUUCGUGACAAUUAAAGUGAAGGAGCAUGAGCGGUUCAGGCGAGUUGACGAAGAUGUCCAUUUGACUGUCCCGGUCACACUCUCGCAAGCUCUCCUUGGUGGCACAGUUGAGAUCCCCAGUCUAACCUCGGAGAAAGAUAUCAUUAGACUACAGAUACCUCCGAACACUUUACCAGGCAACAGUCGCAUUAUUCGCGGGAAGGGACCUCCGAAGCUCAGUGCAGGCUCCUCGACCGACUCCUCCUCGAACCCAAGGGGUAACCUUGUUCUGCAUUUCUCGCUUUCGUUGCCCGAGAGGCUAACUCCGAGGCAGGAGGCGCUGAUCAGGGAGUUUGAUGAUAUUGAAAGGGAGUCUAAGGAGAAACGAAGCUCUAGAAAUAGCGAUGAGGGUGCGACUGAGAAGAGAAGUGCAUCAGCAACAGCAGAGUGAGAUUCGAUUGAUUCAUGCAGCACAAGUGUUGU